UUUUCUCACUUAAUGAUAAUAUGAUUUUAUAUUGGUUAAUCUGGUUAACCAAUUAACCAAAUCAAUUAAACUUUAGUUUGGUUAAUUUGGUUGUUGUAUUAGUUUGGACGGUUUGAUUAUGAUAUUGUAUUUCCUAGUUAAUGAAAUUUAGUCUUAUUUGGUUUGGUAAUAAUCAUAGUAACCAUUUGAACACCCCUAGUUAAUUGGGUUCAGUGAUAGACGGGCUUGAUAGGUGAAGAGUUGGAUUUGGUGGGUCAAUGACAAAGUUUGUAAGAGCUCACAACAUUUUUUUUUAAAAGCUCACAACAUAAUCUAUGCAUUUUGUUAGGGUAAAUGCUAUAUUUGGUCACUGGGCUUACUAAAUCGUGUUAUGUUUAGUCACUAGAAAAAAUUAAUAUAAUUUUUUGUCACACGAAUUACUAAAACCGAUCACAUUUAGUUACUCUCCCGUUAGCCUCCUUCCAACUCCGGUCACUCGAAUUACUUUGUUUUUUUAUGAAUGUCACUCGAAUUACUGAGACAUGUCACAUUUAGUCACUAUCCGUUAGCCUCCGUCCAACUCCAUUAGUUGGACGGAAACUAACGGGAGAGUGACUAAAUGUGACAUGUUUAAGUAAUUCGAGUGACCAAAAUUGAUAUUAAUUUUUUCUAGUGACUAAGCAUGACAGAUUUAGUAAUUUCAGUUACCAAAUGUGGCAUUUACCUAAUUUUAUAACGAAAAAUCUGCGUGCAUUUAAAUUGAUGGAAUUUGAAGCAUUACACUCCGAAGCAGCUUGGUAUCAGAAAAUAUUGGUGAGCUAAGGGUAAUUCCAACCUAUUCACCAAAAUUCAGCCCCCAACCUUCCAAAUAGCUGAACAUAGCUUCUAUUUUCACCUUGUUAUGCCACACAUACUCUUCUCAAAUUUAACCUGAUUUUUUUUUAUCUAUCUCUGAUAAUACACCGAGUAAGGUGUAGGUAGCAAUUGUACAAACACGGGAAUUUAAGAUUGUAAAAGAAUUGUGAACCACAUUUAAUUUCCGUAAAUAAUAUUUUCAUACUUCAUUGAAUUUUGAGUUGCAUGAAAUUUGUUCGUAUGAUAAAAUCAUGCAUCAUUUUAGAUUAUAGUUUAAUAACGCGCUCACGCAAAUUUGAUAGUUCAUCCAGAAAAUAAAAUAACCAUUGUCGGGAUGUUUUUCCCCCAUCCACCCCCACCACAUAUUUAUUGUGAUUGAGCACCAUUUUGUGAAGUAGGAAGCAAUAUUUGCUUACCAACGGUUUGUUUGCAUUAACUAUUUCAUACAAUGCCUCCAAUCGUUGCUUUCCAAUUCAUGAAAUAAUACCUACUGGGUUUUAAAUGGAGGGAUGUGGAUUCUAGUGAUCCGUUGCAUUGUUUUAUUCAUGAAGAAACAAUGAAAAAAUGGAGGUUGGUUUAUUCGGUAAAAAAAUGAUAUAAAAUUUAUUAAUUAAUAUUUUCAAUCGAUUCAAAUUAUUAAGAUGACAUGCUUAUACCAGUAUGUCCAAUUUUUAAUAUUUAGUGUUUUAAUUAAAUUGAAUUUUGAGUUUAGAAAAUUAGAUGUUGUAAUAUAUAUAUCGGCAGAAGUUCCUCUACAAGCUGCAGCUAACUAUAGCAAAGAAAUGAUGACAUCGUCUUCGUCAGUACUACUUCUUCUCCUGGCCGCCGUCCUCCUCGUCGCCGGGUUUGCAGUAGUGCUCAUACGUCGUCACCGGCUGGGAAAUAAUCACCGGCGGCCACCAUCCCCACCGAGGCUGCCGAUCCUCGGAAACCUCCACCAAGUGGGGAAGUACCCACACCGAACGUUCGCCAGCCUGGCGAAGCGGUACGGGGAUCCGAUGCUGUUUCACUUCGGGAGGAAGCCGGUGCUGGUGGUGACGAGCUCGGUGGCGGCUCGAGAGGUGUUGAAGACGAACGACCUCAUCGCCUCCGACCGGCCCCAAAUCGAAACCGCGAACAGGCUUCUCUACGGCGUCAACAAAGACAUCACCAACGCCGCCUACGGCGAUUACUGGAGGCAGCUCCGGCGGCUGUGCGUCCUCCACCUCCUCAGCACCAGAAAAGUUCAGUCCGGGCGAGCCGUGAGGGAGGAAGAAAUCAGGUUACUGGUCAAUCGGAUCAAGCAGAAUGCCCAAACAGUCCAGGCAGUGAACUUGAGCGAGCUGCUAUUCCGCCUGUCCAACGACGUGAUUUGCAGGAUGGCUCUAGGGAGGAAGUACGAUGUGGGUGGUAGCACCAAUUUCAAUUUCAAGGACCUGUUGGCCGAAUUCACUGGUUUGCUGGGCACUUUUACUGUGGGCGACUUCAUCCCUUGUCUCUGGUGGGUGAACCGGUUCACCGGGUUCGAUUCCCGGGUCGAUAGAGUUGCCCAGCAGUUUGAUGAAUUGCUUAAUGCAGCUAUCCUGGAGAGUGAGGCUCGUAACUUGGAGAAACGUAACAACACCAAUUCUUCUUGUAGCAGUGUGAUAACACAAGACAAUUAUGAUGACCAAACAAUAUUACCCUUCAUAGAUACCUUAUUGCAGCUUCAACUUGACGAGUUCCACCUUGAUACAGAUGCCAUCAAAGCUUUGAUCCUGGACAUGUUCGUGGCAGCAACAGAUACAUCUGCAACACUUUUGGAAUGGACAAUGUCGGAGCUGAUGAAACACCCUAGGGUGAUGAAGAAGCUGCGAGAGGAGUUGAGACGAGAGCUAGUGAGUGACGAGAAAGGAGAAAUUAUUAUCGGGGAGGCCGAUUUAGAGAGAUUGAAGUACCUCAAACUAGUCAUCAAAGAGACAAUUCGAUUGCACCCACCACUUCCUCUGCUGCUCCCACGACAGUUCAUCCAAGACACAACCAUAUUAGGGUACGAUGUAUCGGCCGGAACCAUGAUCCUAAUGGAUGCAUGGGCGAUCGGAAGGGACCCUGCAGACUGGACCGAAUCGCCUGGAGAAUUCUGGCCCGAGCGAUUUCUGAACAGCGACGUGGAUUUUAGGGGUCAGGAUUUCAAGCUGCUGCCUUUUGGUGCAGGAAGACGAGGUUGUCCUGGAAUAUCCUUUGGCCUUGCCGUUGUGGAGCAUACGCUGGCUCAUCUGGUGGGGAAAUUUGAUUGGGAGUUGCCUGGUGGCGUUGAAGGGCAGGAGUUGGACAUGACUGAAGCUACUGGUUUUAUAGCCUAUCGAAAGACCCCUCUCGUUGCCAUUCCCACCAUUAAUGUUUCUCAGAAGUUCGGCUCGAGCUGGAAAUUUGAAUGAGGUGGGGUAAUCGAAGAAAAUAAAAGCUCAAGGAUUGA